UCUCUCCCCCUCCCUCCCGUGCACGCGCUUGGAGUCCGCAACUCUCGCGAGAGAAGCGAGAUUUAUUCCUACGUACCGGGCCGUGCUGCUUAUGGCGGCGCUGGAGAGGGGGCGCUGAGCUGUUGGGUAUGAAGUGUAACAGAACAGACUUUACCACCUGAAACUGCUGCUUCAAGUUCAGAUCAGGCAAGGAACAAACCUCGUAACACCAUCAAGACCAAAGAAGAGUACACUUAAGUUGAAGACACAACACUUGAUCUGAAACAAGAAGUUUGUGCCUACUCAACAGCUUUGAAAGAGCACUUCCCAACGCUGCUAGUAGUCUUUGUUUUCUUCAGUGCUGUACUGUGAGAUUGCCCGGUGCAGCAGCAGUUGUAUUCUUUAUUAGCUUGGUAGAUCAUUUUCUCUCGCUCUUUUUUUUUUUUUUUUUAAUACUAGCAAUUUUCAUCCUUUGAAACUUGUGCUGAAAAAGAAGAAUCAGCAAAUACUACUGAAAGUGCAAUAUUUGAUUAUCACUGCGAGAUGAGCUUUGAUCCAAACCUUCUUCACAACAAUGGACACAAUGGGUACCCCAAUGGUACUGCAGCAGCACUGCGUGAAACCGGGGUUAUUGAAAAACUGUUAACCUCUUAUGGAUUUAUUCAGUGUUCAGAACGUCAAGCUAGACUUUUCUUCCACUGUUCACAGUAUAAUGGCAACCUGCAAGACUUAAAAGUAGGAGAUGAUGUUGAAUUUGAAGUAUCAUCUGACCGGCGGACUGGGAAACCCAUUGCUAUUAAACUGGUGAAGAUAAAAACAGAUAUCCUCCCUGAAGAACGAAUGAAUGGACAAGUUGUGUGCGCUGUUCCUCACAACUUAGAGAGUAAAUCUCCAGCUGCCCCGGGUCAGAGUCCAACAGGGAGUGUAUGCUACGAACGUAAUGGGGAAGUGUUUUAUCUGACUUACACCCCUGAAGAUGUUGAAGGGAAUGUUCAGCUAGAAACUGGAGAUAAAAUAAACUUUGUAAUUGAUAACAAUAAACAUACUGGUGCUGUAAGUGCUCGUAACAUUAUGCUGUUGAAAAAGAAACAAGCCCGCUGUCAGGGAGUAGUUUGUGCUAUGAAGGAGGCGUUUGGCUUUAUUGAAAGAGGUGAUAUUGUGAAAGAGAUAUUCUUUCACUAUAGUGAAUUUAAGGGUGACCUAGAAACCUUACAGCCUGGAGAUGACGUGGAAUUCACAAUCAAGGACAGAAAUGGUAAAGAAGUUGCAACAGAUGUCAGACUAUUGCCUCAAGGAACAGUCAUUUUUGAAGAUAUCAGCAUUGAACAUUUUGAAGGAACUGUAACCAAAGUUAUCCCAAAAGUACCCAGUAAAAACCAGAAUGACCCAUUGCCAGGACGUAUCAAGGUUGACUUUGUGAUUCCUAAAGAACUUCCCUUUGGAGACAAAGAUACAAAAUCCAAGGUGACUCUGCUGGAAGGCGACCAUGUUAGGUUUAAUAUUUCAACAGACCGACGAGACAAACUAGAACGAGCAACCAACAUAGAAGUUCUAUCAAAUACAUUUCAGUUCACAAAUGAAGCCAGAGAAAUGGGUGUGAUUGCCGCCAUGAGAGAUGGUUUUGGUUUCAUCAAGUGUGUAGACCGUGAUGCUCGUAUGUUCUUCCACUUCAGUGAAAUUCUGGAUGGGAACCAGCUCCAUAUUGCAGAUGAAGUAGAGUUUACUGUGGUUCCUGAUAUGCUCUCUGCCCAAAGAAAUCAUGCUGUUAGGAUUAAAAAGCUUCCCAAGGGCACGGUUUCAUUCCAUUCCCACCCAGAUCAUCGUUUUUUGGGCACUGUAGAAAAAGAAGCCACUUUUUCCAAUCCUAAAACCACUAGCCCAAAUAAAGGCAAAGAGAAGGAGGCUGAGGAUGGCAUUAUUGCUUAUGAUGAUUGUGGAGUGAAACUGACUAUUGCUUUUCAAGCCAAGGAUGUGGAAGGAUCUACUUCUCCUCAAAUAGGAGAUAAGGUUGAAUUUAGUAUUAGUGAUAAACAGAGGCCUGGACAGCAGAUUGCAACUUGUGUGCGACUUCUGGGUCGUAAUUCCAACUCCAAGAGGCUCUUGGGUUAUGUGGCAACUCUGAAGGAUAAUUUUGGAUUUAUUGAAACAGCCAAUCAUGAUAAGGAAAUCUUUUUCCAUUACAGUGAGUUCUCUGGUGAUGUUGAUAGCCUGGAACUGGGGGACAUGGUCGAGUAUAGCUUGUCUAAAGGCAAAGGCAACAAAGUCAGUGCAGAAAAAGUGAGCAAAGCACACUCAGUGAAUGGCAUUACUGAGGAAGUUGAUCCCACCAUCUACUCUGGUAAAGUCAUUCGCCCCCUGAGGGGUGUUGAUCCAACACAGAUUGAGUACCAAGGAAUGAUUGAGAUCGUGGAGGAGGGGGAUAUGAAAGGUGAGGUCUAUCCAUUUGGCAUAGUUGGGAUGGCCAACAAAGGGGAUUGCCUGCAGAAAGGAGAGAGUGUCAAGUUCCAAUUGUGUGUCCUAGGCCAAAAUGCACAAACUAUGGCCUACAAUAUCACACCUCUGCGUAGGGCCACAGUGGAGUGUGUGAAGGAUCAGUUUGGCUUCAUUAACUAUGAAGUAGGAGAUAGCAAGAAGCUCUUUUUCCAUGUGAAAGAAGUUCAGGAUGGCAUUGAGCUACAGGCAGGAGAUGAGGUGGAGUUCUCAGUGAUUCUUAAUCAGCGCACUGGCAAGUGCAGCGCCUGUAAUGUUUGGCGAGUCUGUGAGGGCCCCAAGGCUGUUGCAGCUCCUCGACCUGACCGCUUGGUCAACCGCUUGAAGAACAUCACCCUGGAUGACGCUAGUGCUCCUCGCCUAAUGGUUCUUCGUCAGCCAAGGGGACCAGAUAACUCAAUGGGAUUUGGUGCAGAAAGAAAGAUCCGUCAAGCUGGAGUCAUUGACUAACCACAUCUAGAAAGCACAUCAUUAAUCCACUAUGAUCAAGUUGGGGGGAUUCUGGUGAAGGGUUCUGAAUAUCUCCCUUUUCAUCCCUCCCAAAAUCUGGAAUACUUACUCUAUUGAGCUAUUACACCAGUUUUAACACCUUCCUCGUGUUAUGUUUAAAAAAAUAAAUAAAUUUAAGAAAACCAUUUUAAAAUUAUGCACAGUUGCAGCCUGGAAAACUUAAGGUGGCGCCUUAUAGUAUCAAUUUUAGGAGCUUUCUUUGGUGCAUUUAACGCAACUGGUAAUUGCAAAAUCCACUUCGCCUGUGUAAGUGAAAAAUAGACUGUUAUCUUGUUGGCCCUAUGAAAUUCUGCACUUGAUAUUUAGUAUAUACUCUACCUUCAUUACUUCUGGCAAGAUGUUCUGCCUUAGCACUCAGUUGCAUUCUUUUCCUUUCCUGUUCAUUAUGCUUUAAUUCUGAGGACCAUAUGAGGGUAGAAUAUAUUACUUUUUAAAAAUAACAGAAAUCUGUAUGGGCAAACCAUUUUCUUAAGUUGAUGGCCAAAUGUUAAACUGUUAUUUUUCAUAUCAUUUAUAAUCUUGUCACAAUCCACUUAACGAAGUUUGAUUAGAUUUCAGUGAAAAUUAUCUUCCAGAGUAGUUUUUUUUUCCCUGGGAUGGGGGGUAACUUUACUACAGUUAGUACUAUGGUGCAGAAUUUCAUGCAAAUGAGGUAUGCCAGCAGCGUGAUAAUUUAAACGUAUUUAAACAAAAACAAAAAAGACGAAUGCACAAACUUGCUGCUGCUUAGAUCACUGCAGCUUCUAGGACCCAGUUUCUUUUACUGAUUUAAAAACAAAAUGAAAAAAAAAUAAAAAAAAUUGUGCCUGAAAUGAAUCUUGUUUUUUUUUUUUUUUUUUUUUUUUAAAUAACUAGCUGCCUGGUUCCUGUGUCCUGUAGAAUACAGGCACUUGACCCUUGGCGUAGCUUCUGUUCGACUUUAUAUCACGGGAACGGAUUGGUCUGAUUUCUUGGCCCUCAUCUUAAAUUGGGCACAUACAGGGUCCCUGGCCAGUGGACUGAAGGCUUUGUCUAAGAUGACAAGGGUCAGCUCAGGGGAUGGGGGGGCGCUUUUAUCUUCCCCGCUGUCGAUUGAGGUUUUGAUCUCUGGGUAAAAAGGCCGUUUAUCUUUGUAAACACAAAACAUUUUGUUUUCUCCAGUUCUCUGUUAAUGGCGAAAGAAUGGAAGCGAAUAAAGUUUUACUGAUUUUUGAGA